AUGAAAGGCUUCCUGCUUCUCUCUCUCGGUCUCCUUUUGGUGAUCUCGGGUAAUAGUUCAUCUCAGCCAAAUUCACGUGCCGACCCUUCCAACUCGGGAUCAAAUACUACCACCUCGGCACCAACCACUACCACCUCGGCACCAACCACUACCACCUCGGCACCAACCACUACCACCUCGGCACCAACCACUACCACCUCGGCACCAACCACUACCACCUCGGCACCAACCACUACCACCUCGGCACCAACCACUACCACCUCGGCACCAACCACUCCCACCUCGGCACCAACCACUCCCACCUCGGGAUCAACCACUCCCACCUCGGCAUCAACCACUCCCACCUCGGGAUCAGCCACUACCACCUCCGCAUCAACCACUCCCACCUCGGGAUCAACCACUCCCACCUCGGGAUCUACUAUGUCCACCGGAAGUUCAUCUCAGACCUCUGGGACAACUCAGCCUGCCAGCUCUUCCACGGUGACUAGCAGUAGUAGCACAGGUUCCAGCGAUCCUUGCACGCCUGACCCCUGUAAAGGAGGUGCUGCCUGUGUUAAGCUGUAUAAUGCCAGCUUCUGCUUGUGUGUAGAAGGCAAUUACUACGAUGAGUCUUCGUCAUCAUGUGUGAAAGGAAAGACAUUCCCCGGAGAGAUUACGAUGAAUGUAGGUAAAGCAGAUGACUUGAAAAAUGAAAACUCUGUGGGCUAUCAAGAGUUGCACAACAGUGUUGUCCGGUUUUUUCAGAAGACGUUUAAUGAGCCUGACUAUGGACAGACUGUAAUUCUGAAAGUGAGCACAGCCCCUUCAGCAAGGUCUGCAAUGCAUGAUGCUAGAGAGAAGGCCAAUGUAUCAAUAGUAAAUAUGUUUGCAGAAAACACAGCUCAAACUGAAGACACUGUAGCUAAGAAGAUCCAAGAUGCAGUUAACAAUGAUACUAAUGUGGACAGCUAUGUCAAACAAGAUUGGUGUGAUUAUUAUGGUUGUGAAAAGAAUGACGAUAAUUGCUCGAAUAGUUUACAAUGCACAUGCAAAACUGGGAUGGAGAGGCCCAACCCACAGGUUCCUUUUUGUGUUGGUGUAAAGUGCUCUGAGCCCUGCAGUGCAGAGGAAAAGAAGCAAUGCUUAAAGGCGGAUAGUGGAGCAAUGGAGUGUGUGUGCAUGCCGGGCUACCAGAAGGCAAACGGGAAGUGUGAAGAGUGUCCAUUUGGCUACAGCGGGAAGGAUUGCAAAGACUCGUUUCAGCUGAUUCUCACCAUCGUGGGCACUGUGGCUGGAGCCUUCAUCAUCAUCUUGCUGAUUGCUUUUAUCGUCUCCAUAAGCUCAAAGAACAAAAAGAAGAAUGUAGAAGAGCAGAAGCUGAUUGAGGAUGACUUUCAUAACGUACGCAUGAGGCAAACCGGCUUCUCCAACUUCGGUGCGGACAACAGCAUCUUCCCCAAAGUCAGAACAGGGGGCCCGAGUCAGACCCCUAAUCCCUACGCAAACCAGCGAAGCAUGCCUCGCCCGGACUACUAG